AUGAAUGCAACUGAUGAACUCAACGAGGAACCAACUGUCGAGAAGUGGGUGUGUCAGAUCAUGGCAGCGGAAGGAGUCAUUGGUGUCCUAGGGAACCUUUUAGUGUGCUACGUCAUCAUACGCGUCAAAUUCUUACACAACUUGACAAACUACCUGCUGGUGAAUCUGGCUGUUGCCGAUAUGCUGGUGUGUCUGCAAGUAUUCUUGUAUUAUCUAACAUCAGACUGUCCGCUUAUUGUUGUUGCCCCUGUGAGCAACAGCGUGAGAGACUUGUUCUGCCGACUUCUACAAUCAAAGUACUUAGCAUUUGCAUUGACCAAUGCCUCUGCCUACAAUCUCUGCGUUGUCACAACAGAGAGGUAUAUUGCCAUAGUACACCCUUUACACUAUGCGAGAAAACUCACAACAGCACGGAUUGCUACUUUGAUUGCUCUGAUUUGGGUGAUAUCAUUUGUGUUAUCUUUGCCUCUUCUAUUCACAAUGGAACCCAGCAAUGACGCCAAUAAGAUUUGCUCAAUCAAAUAUCCUCACCGCUUAUUUGCAAUUCUAUUUAGCAUAUUUACAUUUCUCUUCUCAUAUCUGCUACCCCUAACAUUAAUGAGUUUAGCCUAUUAUAAGAUGCAGGUCACUCUCAAAAGACAAGCCAAAGCCCUGAACCUGCAACAUGCAAGGGCAGCAGCAUAUGACCUUUUGAUUGCUAGACAGAACCUGGUCAGCAUGCUUAAAACUGUCUUGGGAGCUCUCAUUGUCUUAUGGACAGUGGAUUAUUUUGCUGUUCUUCUCUGCCUGCAGUCAACAGACAAGGCUCAGUUCUCGUUCUGUGGAUCGAUGAUUUACCGGCAUAUUAGAAUUUUUGCUAAUUUACUGUUUAAUUUCAAUUCAGUCAUCAAUCCAAUCAUCUAUGAGUUUAAAUACAAGAAAUUCAGGCGAGGCCUUAAGGUAGCUUUCUGCAGAUGCUCCAAAAGGCAGGGCGGUAACGGAGUUGACGUUGAGAUGGCACCAUUAUGA